AUGCUUAACUAGUGUGACAGUGUUCACAAGCAACAGCAGGAAAGACGAAGACGGUAACUUGCAGUUUUUCUUCACAUACUGUACACAGCUUUUCUGUACACAGCUGAAACUUUUGUGACAACUUCAAGCCCUCGGCACACGUUUCAACUGAGACAGAGACUUUAGACAGAAAAGGAGAGAAUAAUGGCAACUGUCAGCAGCAGCAAUGAGUUUCAUCUUAUUGUCCCUGAGGAAGCUCACAGCGCUGAGGUCAAACUGGGGUCUGAUGUCACUGUACCGUGUCACCUAUCACCUGAAAUCAGUGCUGCUGACAUGGAGAUCAGGUGGUUUAAAGAGACGGACUGUGUGUGUCUCUAUAAGAACAGACAGGUGACAGAGGGGCGGAGCUACAGGGGCAGAACAGGUCUGUCCACUGAGGACCUGGACAAAGGAAAUGUUUCCUUGAAGUUGAGAGAGUUCAGAGAAUCAGACAUAGGAGUUUACCUGUGUCAGGUCAUCAAUGAUGACAGAACAGAGGAGAUAACAGUGGGAGUAGAAGAAGGAGCAAGGAAAGACUCUGAUGUCCAACCUGUGAAUCAGCCAUCAAAGAUUCAAGGUAGACAAGUUCAUCUGACACUACAUGAGUUAAACAGUACUUGGGAAGAGAAUCAGAACAUGAAAAUGGAGGAAUCUGCUUUAAUAACAGAGCUCGAAGUGAAUUAUGUGAAGGUACUUCACCAAACAAUAUUCAAAGUUUUCAAAAAUCAAGGGAAAAAACUGAAACAAACCGAAAUGCAGUUAAAGGCAUCCAAGAUGGAUUUGGAAAGAGUCUUACAACAACUAGAAACAAUCACAGAAAAAGCUGGUCUCCUUCCAAAUGAAAAACGCAUUGAUUUGAAAGAAUCACACUUUCAGCAAAUAGAAAAACAACUGCUACAAAUAACGAAACACAUCGAAGAUAAACAGAUUCAGUUUGAGGAGAAAGUCACACAACUGGAGAAUAUGAGCAAACAGAUAAGUGAGAAAGAUAAACUACUGGAGCGCAUAAUUAAAGAGAUGGAAACCAGUAAACAACAGCUGGAGACACUGAGACAGGAGCAAAGGAGACAUGAGGAGAUGCUGGAGAAGAAAGAGCAGUUGAGGAUUUCAGAGUUGAAUGAAAAAUCCAAAUGUCUUGAAGAAACAAAAUCUCUUCUAGAAGAGAGAGAGAGAAAGAUUAAAGAACUGGAGAAAGAGAAACAAAGACUGGAUGAAGAACUUCAAGACAAAGACAGACAUCUUAAGGACAUUAAUGCUAAACUGAUGCAAACCGUCAGAGAGGUUGGAAAGAAACAAAAUCAGCUUCAGGGGAAACACACACAACUGGAGAAUAUACACAAAAUGUUAUGUGAGAAAAUGAGACACCCAGAAAACAAAGCAAAAGAGCUGGAAGCCAGUACAUGUCAGUCAAAGGAAAAAGAAACUGAAAGCACAAAUCUGGAGAAAUAAGUGUUCAGAACAGAUUUUUAAAAUAAAUUUUAAGGCAUCAAAACAUCGGGGUAUCUCAAUUUUAAGUACAUGCAUUUGGUGCAGUGUUUUAAAAAAUCUGCAUUUAAGAAUAAAAGCAAAACCAGGAAAGCAUAAAAUUAUUUACAACAAAAGAUCACCCCCCCCCUCCUCAAUUUU